AGGAGCGGAGGGAGGGGGCGGGGCGGGGGGGCCCAGCUGCCAUCCCCGCCGCCUCCUGGCCCCCACUCGCUGGCGCCCAAGUGGGAGGACGGCAGCUGCCCGCUCCCUCCUCCCCACACCCCCGCUACCUGCCCAGUCCCCGAAGCGAAGCGUGAGGAGGCUGAGGGCCAGCCGGGCCGAGCCCACAACUUUGCAGCCUCUGGGCGGGCAAGAGCCGGCGUCUGGACUCCUCUUGUCGGCGACCAGAGCUCGGAAUGUAAUCGAGGAUGCUGGCCCUGAGGCUGCUCAACGUGGUGGCCCCCGCCUAUUUCCUGUGCAUCUCCUUGGUGACCUUCGUGCUGCAGCUCUUCCUCUUCCUGCCCAGCAUGCGCGAGGACCCCGCGGCUGCCCCUCUCUUCUCGCCUGCCCUUCUCCACGGGGCGCUCUUCCUAUUUCUCUCUGCCAACGCCUUGGGCAAUUAUGUCCUGGUCAUCCAGAAUUCCCCAGACGACCUGGGCGCCUGCCAAAGUACCUCGGCCAAGAGGGCUUUGUGCCCCCCGCCCAGCACCCACUUCUGCCGGGUGUGCGCCCGAGUCACGCUGCGGCACGACCACCACUGUUUCUUCACCGGCAACUGCAUCGGCAGCAGGAAUAUGCGCAACUUCGUUCUGUUCUGCCUCUACACCUCCCUUGCCUGCCUCUAUUCCAUGGUGGCCGGCGUGGCUUACAUCUCCGCGGUCCUUUCCAUCUCUUUCGCCCACCCCCUGGCCUUCCUCACGCUCCUGCCCACUUCCAUCAGCCAGUUCUUCUCCGGAGCUGUCCUCGGUUCUGAAAUGUUCGUCAUCCUCAUGCUCUACCUCUGGUUUGCCAUCGGCCUGGCCUGCGCCGGCUUCUGCUGCCACCAGCUGCUGUUGAUCCUCCGGGGGCAGACCCGCCACCAGGUUCGGAAGGGGGUGGCAGUGAGGGCCCGACCCUGGCGCAAGAACUUACAGGAGGUCUUCGGAAAGAGGUGGCUGCUGGGCCUGCUGGUCCCCAUGUUCAAUGUCGGAAGUGAGAGCUCUAAGCAGCAGGACAAAUAGCAGACAGGCCUUCCAUCAUUUCUCGCCCUCUGAACACAAGACCAUGACACCUGUCUCUACCCACGAUCCACUGCAGCCUCCAACUGGUAAGGUCCUUGCACCCGCCCCUGACCUUCAACCCCUAGAGAACAGCGCUAGCUGGUGGGUCCUGGCAGGAAGAACAGCCGCCAGACACUGCUAGGCGUCUCUGCUUUUGUUUCUGCUCCUGGGGGCCCUUCUUCCCCUCUCUGCCUGGUGCAUCCACACCCCACCGCGUCUCCUGCCUUCACUGUCUGCUGGAACCUUCCCCUCAUUUCGUGGGGGUGGGGGCGGACUCUUGCUGCUGGUAUGGGGCUCCCCAAGACCUGGAACCUGGCAAAUGUUUAAAUUACCAUGGUCAGCAGCAGCCACGUCCCCUCUGCCAACUGCCAGGGAAGUUGGGAGGGCAGACAUGUGUCAGCCCCUCUGUGGGGUUGUGGGCGGGGGAAGAGCACAGUGGCUUGCUGCCCGCUCCCAAGGUUCAAAGCUCUUUCUCUGGAGACAGCAACCAAGUGGCUUCCCUGCCCCGGAACUCUUCCAGCCUUUCCCUUUGGUCUCCAGCCUCUGGGUUUUUGCCAGAUGCUGGGAGAGAAAGAAGAGGGAAAGAGGAGUCGCCAUAUGAAUGAGGGAGACACGUGACUGUA